GAUGAGUCAUUUGUAAUGGAUCACAAGUAUAAAGCUUUGUUACAGAAUAUACCUACAAGACACGUUAUCACUUCUAUUGGAAAUGAUAGAGAUCGGGCAGAACAAAUCGAGAAGCUUCGGAAUCUUGAUAUAAAUAAUUUUUUCAUUCUUGGAUCAUUCUCCUCGAUAAAGAAAGUUUUAGAAUCUGCUAAACGAGAAUUUUUCGAAAGGAAUUUUGCAUGGCAUGCAAUUACACAAUAUCAAGGAGAACUUUCCAGCAAUAUUGAAAACGCUACCAUCAUGUUACUAAAACCGGUAUCGGAUAGUAAAAGUAAGGAUCGCUUGGGCGUUAUUAGAACAACGUAUAAUAUGAAACAAGAACCGCAAAUUACUACAGUGUUUUAUUUCGAUCUUGCGCUACGUACGUUUUUGGCCAUUAAGAAUAUCCUUCAAGUUGGAGCUUGGCCACCAAAUAUGAAAUAUUUGACUUGUGAUGAAUACGAUGGGACUAAUACACCAAAUCACACUAUCGAUCUGAAAUCGGCAUUUAUAGAAGUUACAGAGCCCACAACUUACGGUGCAUUUGAGUUUCCAAAAGGAAAGUCCGCGUUCAAUGGCCAUAGCUUCAUGAAGUUCGAUAUGGAUAUAAGUGCCGUGACCAUUCGUGGAGGAGCCUCAGUUAGCACCAGAAAUCUAGGAAAAUGGGAAGCUAGUCUCGAUAAUCUGAUACAUGUUGUAAGUGAAGAGGAAAUGAGAAACCUGACGGCGGAUACCGUUUAUAGAGUUUAUACUGUUGUUCAAGAACCGUUCAUUAUUAGAGAUUCGUCAGCUCCCAAAGGAUUUAAAGGGUAUUGUAUAGAUUUACUGGAUGAAAUCGCCAAAAUUGUAAAGUUUGACUACGAGAUAAGAGAAGUUGAAGAUGGAAAAUUUGGCAAUAUGAAUGAAAAAGGAGAAUGGAAUGGAAUAGUGCGUAAACUAAUCGACAAGCAGGCUGACAUUGGCUUAGGUUCAAUGUCUGUUAUGGCCGAACGCGAAACAGUUAUAGAUUUUACUGUACCAUACUACGAUUUAGUAGGAAUUUCUAUUAUGAUGCAGUUACCAAGCACACCUAGUUCGUUAUUUAAGUUUCUUACAGUGUUAGAAACAAAUGUAUGGUUGUGUAUAUUGGCAGCCUAUUUUUUCACCAGCUUCCUCAUGUGGAUAUUUGAUCGUUAUAGCCCGUAUAGCUACCAAAACAAUCGCGAAAAAUAUAAGAAUGACGACGAAAAACGCGAAUUCAAUAUCAAGGAAUGUCUCUGGUUUUGCAUGACUUCUCUAACGCCACAAGGAGGAGGGGAGGCUCCUAAAAAUCUCUCAGGAAGAUUGGUAGCUGCGACAUGGUGGCUUUUCGGAUUCAUAAUUAUCGCAUCCUACACAGCCAAUUUAGCAGCCUUUCUCACAGUGUCUAGGUUGGAUACACCUGUAGAGUCUUUAGAUGAUUUAUCAAAACAGUAUAAAAUUUUAUACGCACCAUUGAAUGGAUCAUCUGCAAUGACAUAUUUUCAACGUAUGGCGGAUAUAGAAGCACGAUUCUACGAAAUAUGGAAGGAAAUGUCUCUAAAUGAUUCAUUGACUCCUGUUGAACGAUCAAAAUUAGCAGUUUGGGACUACCCGGUGAGUGACAAGUAUACUAAAAUGUGGCAAGCAAUGCAAGAAGCAGGACUGCCAAACAGUCUGGACGAAGCAGUUGAACGGAUAAGAAAUUCGACGUCAGCGUCCGGGUUUGCUUUUCUGGGCGAUGCCACUGAUAUUAGAUACAAAGUCCUAACCAACUGUGACUUGCAAAUGGUUGGAGAAGAAUUUUCAAGAAAACCAUACGCGAUCGCAGUGCAACAAGGGUCACCUUUGAAAGAUCAAUUCAAUAAUGCAAUUCUCAUGCUACUAAACAAGCGCCAACUGGAAAAAUUAAAAGAACAAUGGUGGAAGAACGACGAGAUACAAAGUAAAUGUGAAAAACCAGAUGACCAAUCGGAUGGCAUAUCCAUACAAAAUAUCGGAGGAGUUUUUAUCGUUAUAUUUGUGGGUAUUGGAAUGGCGUGCAUUACUUUGAUCUUCGAAUUUUGGUAUUACAAAUAUCGAAAGAAUGUGAAAAUCAUCGAUGUUGUUGAAGCAACAGACGAAAUGAAGUCUCAAGGAGUAAGUAGUACGAGAAUAGCAAACAUGAAACAUGAAUUUGGAACGAUGGGUCACGUAAACGAUGACUUUGCCGAAAAGCCACAAGCACUGCGGACAAGGACUCAAACUCUGGACGCAAAUAACUUUAAGUCUAGAUUUUGA